CCCUCCACUACGCCGCCGCCGCCUCCAUUUUGAAUAGCCAUGUAAUCGGGGCUUCGCACCGUUUGUGUGUGUGUGUGUGUCGCCCGCUGCGCCGCGUAGUGUCAACAAGCCCCGGUCCGACCGACCAGCACCGCCAUGGACGACCUGUUCAGCCCGCGGAGGAGCCUGAACAGCACACAGGGCGAGAUAAGAGUGGGUUCCAGUCAUCAGGCCAAGCUUCCAGAGCUGCAGCCGCGGCCCGCUCCGGGUCUGCCGACUCCGACGGACGGCGAGGAGCUCAUGUGGACGCCAGGGGUCAACGACUGUGACCUCCUCAUGUACCUCCGAGCUGCCAGGAGCAUGGCAGCGUUUGCAGGGAUGUGUGACGGUGGAUCCACAGAGGAUGGAUGUUUAGCAGCCUCCCGCGAUGACACCACACUCAACGCUCUCAACAUGCUCCAUGCAAGUCACUACGAUGCUGCAAAGGCUCUCCAGCGUCUGGUGAAGAAGCCUCUGCCAAGGCUCAUAGAGAAGUGCUGGUCGGAGGAUGAUGUGAAACAUUUCAUUAAAGGCCUGAGACAGUAUGGAAAGAAUUUCUUCCGCAUCAGGAAAGACUUCCUACCCAGCAAAAAGACUGGAGAGCUGAUCACUUUCUAUUACCACUGGAAGAAAACUCCCGAGGCUGCAGGAACAAGAGCUUAUCGACAGCAGCGUCGGCAGCCGUCCUCCCGCAAGGCAAAGACUCGCUCUGCCGCAGCUUCGGUCAACACCCAGUCUCGAAAUUAUUCAGUGGAUGUGAGUUCCGCCAGCGAGGACGAUCUUGAUAGUGAAGACAGUGAACAGGACAUUAAGACCUGCAGCCACUGUGGUGCAACAAGUUCUAAAGAUUGGCACCAAGGGGGAAAAGAUAAUAACCCUCUGGUGUGCACGACUUGUCGUUCACACGAAAACAAGCACGGAUGUCUGCCUCCAGCACCGAAAUCUGCAGGCGAUGCAUUCAUGUUCAAACCUGUCAAGGAGGAAGAGGAGCACAGCAAGCAUGGCAUGAGGACUCGGAGAAGCAGAGCACCUCAACUGUCGUCUUUGAGAAGUGGCCACAGGAGGCUCACAGGCUCCCCCACCAGUGAGGAUCAGCAAUCCAGUAACCAGCCGUCCCCCAGCGGAGCGACUCCCAUCGCCCUGAGAUCCUCUUCCACAGACAACAAGAAUGAAUCCACUAGGAGGACAAACAAGAAAAUAAAAGAGGAGGUAACGUCACCAAAGACAGCAAAACGUGUGCGAGAGUCUCCUGCUCAGGAGCCUGAGAAAGUGACACCUAAAAGGCAGAAGACACAGGAUCCACAGGGCUCCCGGUCAGAGGGAGAGGCCGAGGUGGAGGAGGAAAGCUCGUCAGAAAGCCGCAGCGCUCAGGACGAUGGCAGCAGUGACACCAAAGAUAUCGAUCAGGACAACCGCAGCUCCUCUCCCAGCAUCCCCAGCCCCCAGCAGGGCAACGAGAGCGACUCGGACUCGUCUGCCCAGCCGAGCGGCGUCCCAUCAGAGCCUGCUGCCGCUGCUGCUGUGUUAGCUGACACACCAGUCCCACAGGCCCACCCCUCCUCUCAGGGUCCCAUCACCACUGCUCAGCCGCCGCAGAGCACCUCCUCUUCUGAUCCUGCUCCGAGCUCCCCUCCUCCAUCUCCAGAUGCUCCUCAGCCAGCAGCCGGACAGUCACCGGCCUCAGGGGCUCCAAGCAGCCGACCACUCCCCGUCCCUCAGCCUCUCCCCGGUCCGCCUCCUCUCCCGUCGGCUCUGGGUCAGGACUCUCCUCUCUAUCCAGCCUUUCAGGUCCCACCUGCUCUCAACUCUGUGCAGCCUCUGCAGUCACAUGGCCUGUCACCUCAGCCCCCCCAGCGACCCCCACCCUUCUUUAGGGAGUCGCAGCACUCUCAGCCUCCUCUGUCCGGGACACAGAUCAAGCCUCCUCCCACCACCCCCAUUCCGCCGUCACACAAACAGCAGCCACAUCAGUCUGCUACACCUUUCCCCCAGAUGCCCUCUAAUCUUCCCCCUCCGCCUGCUCUAAAACCCCUCAAUUCUCUACCCAACCAGCAUCCUCCAGGUGCUCCACCUCCCCCUCUUCAGCUCAUGCCGCAGGCUAUGCCAUUACAGUCACUUCCUGCCCAUCUUGCAGUAAUCUCUCAGGUGCAGACCCACCCUGGAAAAACCACGACUCCCUCUCACCCCCCUGCCGCGGCCUCUCACCCUCUCAACGCCGUAACAACUUCAGCUAUCGGGCCCGUCCCAAGCCUCCAGCCAUCCUUCAUGCCUCUCCCUCAGAGACCCUCGCCGAGCAGCACAGCUGUGGCGCCAAUCCUUCACAUUAAGGAAGAGCCACUGGAUGAGAUUGAGGAGGCCGAGAGUCCACCGUCUCCACCCCGGAGCCCCUCGCCCGAGCCCACCGUCAUCAACGUGGCCAGCCACGCCAGCCAGUCUGCACGGUUCAUCAAACACUUGGACCGUGGUUACAACUCCUGUGCUCGAACCGACUUCUUCUUCACCCCACUUUCGUCCUCCAAAUUGGCCAAGAAGCGGGAGGAGGCCGUGGAGAAGUCGAGGAGAGAGGCGGAACUCGGGGCUCGGCAAGAGCGUGAAAGAGAGAAGGAGAGAGAGCGAGAGAGAGAAAGAGAGGCUGACCGAAACGCUAGAGCCAGCAGCUCCUCCCAUGACAGUCGUAUGAGCGAGUCCCAGAUGACUCAGGGCCACGGACGCUCCUCCUACGAGCAGCAGCAGCCCACCACCGUCGCUGCUGUGCCGCCAUAUAUCGGCCCUGAUACGCCUGCACUGCGCACCCUGAGUGAAUACGCCCGACCACACGUCAUGUCCCCCUCCAACCGCAACCACCCAUUCUACGUGUCACUGAGCCCCGGCGACCCCCUGCUGGCCUACCACAUGCCCGGCCUGUACAGCGCUGAACCCAGCAUGAGAGAGCGCGAGCUGAGGAACCUCCGAGAGAGAGAGCUCCGCGAGAGGAUGAAGCCCGGCUACGAGGUCAAGCCCCAAGACAUGGAAACCAUGCAUCCCUCUGCUAACCCCAUGGAGCAUUUUGCCAGACACGGAGCCCUGGGUCUGCCCCACAUGCCCGGGCCUCCCCACCACUUUGCAGCCUUCCAUCCCGGCAUGAACCAUCUAGAGCGGGAGAGGAUGGCACUAGUAGGACCUCAUAUGCGCCAAGAGCUGUCGUACGCGGAGCGACUCACUGCAGAGCGGCUUCACGCGGAGAGGAUGGCGUCCGUGGCCGACCCCGCUGCCAGGCUGCAGAUGCUCAAUGCCACGCCGCAUCAUCACCAGCACUCUCACAUUCACUCACACCUGCACCUGCACCAACAGGACCCUCUCGGCCAAGGUGAAGGUUCAAGUCCUCAUCCUCUGGACCCUAUAGCAACAGGACCACGUUUUGCCCGAUUCCCCUUCCCUGGUGGCCACAUGCCCAACCCUCUUCUCAGCGACCUGCCUCAUGAUCACGAGAUGCUGCGCCACCCGUUGUUUGCAUAUCCUCGAGAGCUGCAGGGCCAGAUUCCUCAGAUGUCUGCGGCUCACCAGCUCCAAGCCAUGCAUGCUCAGUCUGCAGAGCUGCAGAGGAUGGCUAUGGAGCAGCAGUGGCUGCAUGGGCAUCACCUCCAUGGAGGCCCUCUACCAAGUCAGGAGGAUUACUACAGGUGAGCCGCCUGAAGAAAGAAGGUGACAAGCCAUCGUGAGUGUCAGGUGGUGCAUGCCCUGAACCCUACACGUAUAACCCAGUAGAAUACUGUGUACCUUCGAGGCUGUAAGAGAAUAUUUGUGUGUCAACUUAUUCUGUUUUAAUAUAUUUUAGAGAAAUACGUUGUGGACCUUUUAUGUGCAUUCCUCCUUCAGCACUUAAUGGGACUGUCAAAGUCCGUCUGAGAUUUUCAUAUCACUUAAGAAUUUAUACUAGUUUUAUUAUCAAAAUACUGAACAGUCUCACUCAGUGCUGGGAGAUUUAGUCACAGGUUUUCUCUAACUAACUGUUAAACUGUUUGAUAUGCAGUUAUAUGAAUUUGCUAAACACAACUCUUAUAAAGGAUAUGAAAACAGGCUGACUUUGGUGUUUAAAUAUACUGUACCUAUGAUGAUUUUUAUGUGAUUUCCUUGUACAGAAUGACAUUUAAGUCUGUGUUUGAAUGACCUAGCAUGACUCAGUCUUCAGUUUUCACCAAACUAGAGUAGCAAGUUGCAUUGUGGUGUUUAGACUCUGAAAGUAUAGUAGAGGUUGGUUUUACUCUUAAAUCUGCUAAAUAUUUGUCUAAAUCCUAAAGUUUUAUAUAUCGAGAUAUCUUUUCACAGUAUAACCGAAGCUUUUAUCCGCUCAUUUUUGAGAUUGUAAAUAUCACACGUCCACAAUAUUCUAUAUGAACGAGUACUAUUAAUAUAGCAGUAGACGCGAACACUCGACCCCCUGAUUCAGCACGAUAGCAGUAAAUUAUAAGCUAAAAACAGUAUAUAGUGUUAUAAUGUGAGCUAAUUAUUAAUUGGACCAUGAUCUGUCACUACAGACCAAACAUUCUAUUAGAACAGUGUGUUAACUUCAUUUUGAGGAAAAUUGGAGAAACUCAAUCUUUGAAAUUGUUAUGGUAUUUUAAAAAGAACUGCCUCCAAAUCCAAUAUUUAUGUCAUAUAAUAUGAAAGUGUAUCAAUUGCAUAUUUAUUUCAAUAAAUAUUUCUGCAGUGACACCUUA